UACUGAGAUUUUGUAUGUUUUCCCAUUCAUUGCAACACAUAGGCUAUUGACGUACUGACAUAUGAUAUGACUGAUAAUCAUGAAGAUGAACAAGAUGCAGUUUUACAGCUCAAGUGCAUUAUAACAAGGGGACACUCCAUACUAACACCAAGAAAUUAUGAAACUCAUGUUUUUUUCUUAUUCUUAUUGUAAAGCUGUAAUGCCUAGAAUGGUCGCUGAUUUUCCGCUUCGCGAAUAGCUCGAGUCCAGCGCAAUAUGUUGCUGCCAUGUGCCUCGACGGCUUCCGUCAGUUGCGUUGCGUUGUCAACAGGACCAAAACACCAGCAGCGACAGCACACUGGAGCUUUACUUCUGGUGGUCAGUCCGUUGGCCAUCAGCUGACACUUCACCUGUCCGGCUGCAUUAACUCUGCCACGUCUUAGCGAACAGCAGGUAAACUGAAUGCACGCGAUGUUUUCAUUUGGAGAUACGGCGUCUGUUUAAAAUCGCGAGAGCAGUCGGUGCCCCUCACCGGCACUUUAAAACUGAACGAAACUGACAGGGGGAAUGCGGUGAUGCGCCCUGCCAUGCCCUGCGCUCAUCUUCCCCAUAUAUAUCCCCUGAUAUGUGCUGUUAGUUGAGUAUUUCUUUAUAUAGAAUGGGAUGAAUUAAGCACAAUUGCGUUUAUAUGCAGCUUUUAGUGUUAUUACAGGCGGUCAAGAGCCUCGUUUUCCCAGUAAAAGGAAACUGGACAGCUCUUGUGCCUGGAGCCACUCCUGUCCCGCUAGAUAGCCAUCAAAAACAUUCAGCACACUGUAGUGAUGUGCUAUCUGCCAGUACUAAUAAGGUGUUUAUAAUGUUCAGACUGUAAUAAUGGAGUCCGUGUGUAUUUACGCUAGUUUAUCAGGCUCCAUAGUUGACUGUUUUAUAGACUGGUUUUCUGUUUUUGUGCUUUAGUUUGGGCAGCACCAGCUGGUCCAUGUUAGCAGCUUAUGCUAGUAGAUUAUCCUGACAUAUUCACCAACCUAAAUGAGAUCACAAACCAUCCGACAAUUAUUAACACUAUGAGCGAUCACUAUGAGAGAGUGAAGAUUGAGCUCCAGCAGAUGAAGGCGGUGGAGAGCGAGGCCGCGGCCGACAAGGAGCAGCUGUCCCCGGCCUCAGUGACUUCAGUACCUGCUGAGGUCUCCUUCGCGGCUCGGAGAGACCUCUCCAGAAGUAGCAUCAAUGGGAGAAGUCGGAGUAAAAGUAGAAGCAAAGCUGAUGGUCAUGAGAGACAGGUGAACGGCAAACAGUUGUCAGACCUGACGCCACAGAAGUCAGACUAUUCUCAGGAGAAAGGACAGAGCCGUUUGAGCAACGAGCAAAACAUUAAAGGUACGUUAAGGCUUUUAAAGGGCAAAACGGCAGCAAACGGUCACGUUGAGUCAUGCCAGAGAGAGAAGGAUUUGAAAUGUGAGCACCACGGUAAAGAGGACGGGAGCAAAGUGGCCAAAAAGAGGAGAGCUGUGACGGUGGACACAUCCAAAGCGAAGACGUCGCUUGAAGCGCUGAAGAUGAGCAUCAGACAGCUGAAGUGGAAAGAGUUUCCGAUGGGUAGGCGGACAGCCUGUGAUAUCUACUGGCAUGGCGUUUCAUUUCAUGACAAUGAGAACAUCGUCUCUGGGCAAGUCAAUAAAUUCCCAGGAAUGAUAGAGAUGCUGCGGAAGAUAAACCUGAGUCGUGCCGUGCGCACCAUGCAAGAGCUGUUCCCGGAGGAGUACAACUUCUACCCACGCUCCUGGAUACUGCCUGAGGAAUACCAGCUCUUCUCCACACAGAUUCGUCUCCUGAAGGAUAACGAUUCAACCCUCAAACCAACUUUCAUCGUCAAACCGGACAGCGGAUCCCAGGGCGACGGCAUCUACCUCAUCCGUGACCCUGCUGACCUUCGGGUUAUCUCAGGUUCUCAGAUCAAACAAGCAGUUGUUCAAGAAUAUAUCCAGAAACCCCUGCUCAUCGAUAAAUUGAAGUUUGAUAUCCGCCUCUACGUUCUGGUCCGUUCGCUGGAGCCUUUAGAGAUCUACAUUGCAAAAGAGGGUCUGUCCAGGUUCUGCACAGAACCCUACCAAGAACCCAGCCAGAAGAAUCUCAGUCAUGUUUUUAUGCACCUUACCAACUAUUCCCUUAACGUGCACAGCGGGAACUUUGUCCACUCCGACAGCUGCAGCACGGGCAGUAAACGUACCUUCUCUAGCGUUCUCUAUCGCAUAGCAUCUAAAGGAGUGGACAUCAAGAAGGUCUGGUCAGACAUUAUUGCUUUGGUUAUAAAGACAGUAAUUGCACUUGUGCCUGAACUGAAGGUGUAUUACCAGGCAGAUAUACCGCCUGGAAAACCAGGACCGACAUGUUUUCAGAUCCUGGGCUUUGAUAUCCUGCUGAUGAAGAACUUGAAGCCUGUUUUACUAGAGGUCAAUGCCAAUCCCAGCAUGAGGAUUGAACAUGAGCAGGAGGUGUCACCUGGUGUGUAUGAAUAUGUACCGAGUCCAGUAGAUGAGGAGGUGAAAGUGGGUGUGAUCAGAGACACGCUGCGGCUCAUGGACCCCGCUCAGAGGAAACAACACGUAACGUCAAACACGGAGGGCGGUUCACCAGAAGACGCUAUUGUUGUGGAGACAGGAAGCGAUGAGAAAGAAAGCUUGACGGAUUCUCUUCCAUCUUUGUGUUUAAAGCAAGUCUUCCCCAAAUACACAAAGCAGUUUAAUUACUUGCGGGUCGUGGAACGCAUCGCUGCCAUUUUCCUGCGCUUCCUCGGCGUCAAAGGAACCAUGAGACUGGGCCCGACCGGGUUCCGCACCUUUAUCAGGAACUGCAAGCUGAGUAACAGCAGCUUCUCAAUGGCUUCAGUGGACAUCCUGUACAUCGACAUCACGCGCCGCUGGGCCGGAAUGCUCCCCGACUCCAGAGAGGCAGGAAUGUCUCUUCAGGCAUUUAUUGAGGCCUUCUUCUACCUGGCAGCACGCAGGUUCAAGGCUGUACUCCUGCGGGAGCAGGUGCUCUUGCUGCUGGAGGUGUGUGAGGGGGCCCUCGAGGGGCAGAGCCACAGCGAGAAGCCACGGCCACAACGGUCACACCCAGCUCAAUCAUCAGCGCCAAACGCGUUCAGCUCCCCAGCACUGACACGCCGCCACCAUCUACGGCACCAGCCGCUGCAACUCUCUGCUAAAGCAAACACAGAGAACUGACAAUCUCACUCAUACAAAACCGUUCCAUGUCUUCUGAGGUACAAUGCCAUGUGCUUUUGAAUAAAUAAAGAAAGAGGAUAGAAUAAUGAAGCGGAUAUCAUAUUAUAUAGAAGCCAGGAUAGAUUCACUCUCUGUGCAAUAGCUCAAGUUGAAUUGUUUAUACACAGCUCAGAUGAAGAUAUUUCUUUCACCACACUACACAGAAAAAUGUAAAUGGAAGACAUUCAUGUGUGUGUUCUGAUGCCAGUACACUAACACUCAGGCACUUGUUUCAGUGCUAAAUGUGCGGACAGCGUGCGUAUGAGCAUAUGCUUACCUUCAGGUAAUGUGGGUAGUAUUUGUGCGAAUCAAUCACUGCAGGGAUAACGAAGCAUCCUGGUGAAAAUAUCACAGGGAUUCGGUGUUUCUUAAAGGGAAGGGAUGCUGUCGUAACACCACUUCACUUCAGAAAAGCAGCUAAUUAUCUCAAACGGCCACCUUUAACUGACUAGACAGAGCGACACGGUGGUCUUUUGUUAGGGAAUGGCACCAAGUGCACUCAAAGUUUACGAAGUUUUGUUUUAUUUAUACCCAUAGAGAUUUAUUAUUUAUUGUUUUUCACUUAACCAAGUCAUUUACUAUAGCUUUAUUGAAAUGCUUCUGCAUGUAGAAAUUAUGACAGAAGGAAAAAAAGGGGUUUGCUGUGGUUUAAUGCAAGCGGACAUCUCACUGGAUUAGCACAUAUUUACACAGAUCAUUUAACCCUCAUUUAAUAUCACAUUGCAGCUGCAGGCAUUUACAUAUACAUAUUAGGCUUGACUGAGAUGUACUUUUUAUGGUAAUGAAUAAACAUUGCAUUUAAAACAA